AUGAGCGACGACGGCGGCCUUGGCAGCUUCAGCGGCAGCCUUCUCGGCGCGGUAUCGAUGACGACGAUCGCGAACCAGAUUCUCGAGCAAGCGCGGCCCUUGCUGGAGUCGACGCUGGGGAUCGACCUGAACGUCGUGAUCACGUUCUGCAUCUUCGGCGCGAUGGUGUUUGCGGGGUGGAGCCACGUCGACAGCUUUGUGCGCAACACGCUGCUGGACGAGCACUACACCUGCCACAUCCGUGUGUCGUCCGAGGACAGUGUCUACACCGCACUCAUGGAGUAUCUCGAGGAGAAUAGGAUCUUUGGUGGCGAGGAGCGCGCAGUCGCUGGAGGCAGCAGCGGUAAGACGGCUGAUGCGGAGAGCGAUGUGUACCCCAUCGGAAAGACGAGCAAGAUGGCGUGGUAUGCGAAGCCGACGCGGAAUCUGGAGGCGAAUCUGGACGGGUGGAAGGGCAGCCUCUUCGGUGAUGAGUCCGACUCCGACGACGAGAGCGACGACGACGACAUGAUGCACGUUAAGAACAAGAAGAAGAUCAAGUACGCGCCGACCCCCGGGUACAGCCACUACUUCUACUUCAAGCCAACGGGACACACCGUGACGAUCACGCGCAGCGAGCCGGCGGACGGCAACCCCGGCGCCUGGUGGAAGAAGCGCCGCGAGCUCGUCGAGCUCUCCAUCUAUGGCCGCGACACGGCGCCGCUGAAGAUGCUGCUGCAGCGCGUGUGCGACCGCAGGAACCAGAAGGAUGUCGGCCGCACGGUGGUGUUCAAGGCGACGCAGGGGAUGGAUGGCGGUGGCCCGGGCUGGGAGCGCUGCUUCUCGCGCGCUAUCAGGCCGAUCCAGACCGUCGUCCUCGAUGAGUCCCAGAAGGAUAUGAUCUGCAGCGAUAUCGCCGAGUACCUCAUGCCUGCUACCAGCAAGUGGUACGCUAACCGCGGCCUGCCCUAUCGGCGUGGAUACCUCCUCUACGGACCUCCAGGCACCGGAAAAACCUCGUUGACCGUCGCGCUCGCCGGCAAGUUCAACCUGCAAGUGUACUCCCUGUCACUCUCCGCCACCUGGAUGAACGACGACAUCCUGGCGCACCUCUUCAGCCGCCUCCCCCGCUCCUGCAUCGUUCUCCUCGAAGACGUCGACGCCUGCGGUGUGACGCGAGACUCGGACUCCAGCAGUUCAACCAGCAUGCCGACCAAGUCCACCACGGGGCCCCCCAGCAGCAGCCCCGCCGACUCCUCCAGCAGCGCGAAAGUAACCUUCUCGGGCCUUCUCAACGCCAUUGACGGCGUCGCCUCCAAGGAGGGGCGACUACUAAUCAUGACGACGAACCACCGCGCGCGGCUGGACGAGGCGCUUAUCCGUCCGGGGCGAGUGGACGUACAAGUGAAGUUUUCCUUCGCCGACCGGGCGAUAGUGCACAACCUGUUCCAGGCUUUGUACACCGUCGACGCGUCCGACCGUCUCCUGCUAAACUUCCCAUCCGACUUCCCGGGCGCGGCGGAGCUGGCCACGCUCGCCGCCGCGUUCGCCGCAAGAGUCCCCGAGGGAACGUUCUCGCCCGCCGAGGUCCAGGGAUUGCUGCUGAGGUUCAAGAAGGAUCCCCGUGGGGCGGUUGAGGGGGUGCGUGACUGGGUCGAUAGGGUCGAGGCGGAGAAGCGCGAGAAGGAGCGAAGAGAGGAGGAGCGUGUCGCCCGCGAGAAGCUGGCGGAGGUCGAGAGGAAGGUCGCGGACGUUAAGGAGCUGCUCGAUAAUGGUACUGUCUCCGAGGGCGCGCUGACGAGGAGUUUGACGGGUGGCCUGGGUGAGGGACCGCUCGCGAGAUCGCUGUCCGGUGGCCUCGGUGGGCUCACGGAGGGUAACCUCAGGAGACGCACGUCGACGGGGGGACUCACCGCUGGCGCGCUGAGGAGGGCGGACACGGGAGGGCUGGCGGAUGGUCCUGCAACGCUCACGCGCUCGUUGACUGGCGCUGCUAAGGGCGGCGUGGGAGUUAGCGCGAUGCAGAAUGGCGACAACCCGAAGGAGCAGAGACCGAACACGCUCAAGCGAACGCCGACGAAUGGAAGUUUGACGGGCGGAUCGCUCGUCUAGUCUUGACUACGGCACUGGUGUUUCGAACGGCGUAGCUUAAAAAAAAACGAUCACGCGUUACUUCUUACUGCUCCUGGAGUUUCUACCUCGCCAAUUUCUCAAAAUCUCAUCACUCCAUCAAUUUUAAUUCCGGUUUCUAGUUCAAGUUCACAUCUCCACCCGAUAGUUCCCUCUUUUUUGUUCUUUUUUCUUCUUUCCAGCCUGGUAGUUACGGGCUAUCUUUUUCGUGAGAAGAAGAUGGUGCAUACUAGGUACUAGGCAGUGGUGUUCGGAGUUACGUUUCGGGGUGGUUGGGCAUGGUGGAUGGGGUAGAUGAAUGAACUGAAUGAUUUGGAUGGAUUGGAUGAUGUGAAUGAUGUGGAUGAUGUAGAUGAUGUGAACGAGAUGAACGGGAUCCUGAACUGAGUGAAGCAACUCGAGUUGAUUACUUGCUUGCCUACCUACCUGCCUG